AUGCCAAUGCGCGCUUUCGACGACAUGUUCAAACGAUCGUUCAAUACCAGGGAAGGUCGCAUCGUCAAGUCCAAGACCACAAAGACCACAUAUCCCGAACACGUGAAGAAGAAGAUGCAGGACACAGUGGACGCCGGCUCGCCGGUGGCAAGCACACUGACGAGCCCCAUCGUCACCUUGGUGGUGGGUUGUGAGCAGCGUCUCUUCGCUGCCCAUGAAGACGUCCUCUGUCAUUCGCCCUACUUUGCGGCUGCUCUCAAAGGCAACUUCCUUGAAGGCAGCUCGAAGAGGGUGGAAUUGCCUGACGAAGAACCCGAAAUCCUAUCCUGCGUCCUCGAGUUUCUCUACAAGGGUGACUAUUAUCCUCGCUUGCUGCACAACAAGCGCCGAAACACUUGGGAUCUCGAGGAUGCUCAGGACCUCAUAAAAAAUGGUGGCCGCGGAACCCACGCAUCGACAAUCUGUCUCCCUGACGCCGGCGGUGAUGUCUUGAGAGAUACCGUGGUGUACUGCGCUGCCGAGAAGUACGGCUUGGAGGAGCUGAAACGCCUGUGUCUGCGGAAACAGGGGUUACAGUCCGGCAUCCAGGUCGACGUGAUCUUGCGAUCGGCUCGGUAUGCGUACGCGCACACGCCGGAUACGGAGUCGCGGCUCCGCGCUCAUUACCUGGCUCUGAUCAUUCGAAGUCGCAAGACUUUCAAGAGGAGUGGAACCAUGCAGAUGGAGAUGGAGAAUGGGGGCAAAUUGUUUUUCGACCUGUUUGUGGCCAUGUGUAAUCAUAUCGAUGAUAUCGUCGAGAUCAGGUAA